AUUUGUCCGAAACAUCUUUGAAUGGAGCUCUGGAAGUGAGCCGGGCCCGCGGCGAGCGAGCCGUCUUUCGGAGCCGCCCGACGAAAAGAAACAGACUUUGCGCGACAACGGGGACUCUAAUGAAGUCGAAAAUAACAAGUUUGCUGCGCACAGCCUCUGACAAUAAGCCACAUCUACGCAGUUUCACCAGUUUCGGUGUAUCCUUCCUUUGACACCAGCAGCUAACUUGAAGCUCGAGAGCGACGUUACGGCUGCUCGCGCUGUCGUUGUUUGUUUUGUUUUGUUUGUUUGUUGUUUCUUCGCCGUCAAGUGUGCCUUCUCCUGUGUUAAGUCGCUCAUGUUAGCUAAUGAAGUGUCCGUGAACGUCACAUAAGACGCGGUCAUCAAAACGCAGUUGUAGGGGAUAAAGCCAUAAGCUACGCAGAAAAAAAAAUGCUAAAGACGCUGACGAAGAAGCUAAGGAGACAUUCACUCAAUGAGAUACAUCCUUUCCACCUGAAGAUUUCUUACCAUGGCAAUGGAGAGGGAGUGGAGAGUGAUGACUCAGAGGGGGAGAACCAGGAGCUUGCACAGAUUGACAGAGAGAGACGGAGAAAUUGUGCCCUCACCCCCUUGGCCACCAGCCAGCAGCACAACCAGGGUCCGCUCUCUCCAGCCCGGUUACGACGCCUCCGCCUGCUUUUAGAUGCCAAUCUGGAUCGCCACUCUUCAGAGGAAGAACUCGAGCGUAUCAGCUGCGGCGACAACAGGAAGUGGGUGUCUGCGCUUCCCCAGCGCCAUAGCGAUCACCACAGCAGCGCCUCCAGUGAUGAGGAGGUGCGGGACCUCUGUGGCUGCGGGUCACCGGCCGCCUCCGCCAGGCCGCUGGUUGAGCCGGGUGCUUGCUUGGCUGCCUCGCCCAGCCCUGUACUCUUCAGCUCCAGUCCACCACGUAGCCUCAAGCCACCCCCCAUGCGCUUUCAGCUGCAGGUGGUGCAGCCAGUGGCACGGCCCAUCAUUUUGACCCACUUUGACCAGUCAGCACCUUACAGAAAGUAUCGGCACAGUUUCGGUGGGGAGCCGGGGAGGCCCAGUCUGGACCUGGAGAAAAUGCAACAGAAAAUGCUGCUGAAAAAGAACUGUGGAGGGAAAGCGCGGACUAUAAAGAUCCGGAAUCUGACUGGCAAUCGUCCUCCGCCCAGGUACACCUACGACCCCUCCAUCUUCGCCUUCCGCUCCUUGAGCACAGUGCCCCCCUCCUGCCCCCUGACCCCGUCCGAGGAUCCUCCCUGCUCAUAAGAGAAUUCACCCGCCGCCAGAUAAUUCUCCGCCCCCUCUCUUCAUUCCCAGGCGGCUGCUUUUUUUCGUGGCUCCUGCAGCAAGAACACGGAGUGACUGUUCCGAAACUGACCGCUAGAAAGACAUUUGUUUGAUGGUCGAACAAUUGCACACUCAGGUAAUUCCACCCUGUAACGCUGUCACUUUGAUCAUUGUUCUCCACGUGAAAUCAACAGGAACAUUUUGGAGACUAAAAUGGCCUCAACACAACACUUCUAAGGAUACUUCAGGUUUUGCUUAUGUAUAGCCGUCUCUGAAAAGCUCCUGUGAUUGGAAGAGAACUGAUCAAGAAACAAACGUGGACUGUGGACCAGAGGUGGUUCAAAGGGACAUGGCCAACCAUUUUAAAUCCAGAAUUUAGUUCUGGUUUGGAUCAAUAUUCAAGGGAAAUAAUGCAUGUAAGACAAUCGAAUGGUUCCAAUGUUUCUUCCUUUGAUGUCAUUACUGGGCAUCGUGUAAGGUUCUCGGUAACUUUAUAUACUAAACAUGGCGCGGUGAGUCAUCUGAUAUCUUGUUAUUGUUGAGAUGAACAUAGACAGUGGUCACAUUCGUCCGUCUGAAAAACUACUUCUUUGGAUGUGUCAUUGAAUAUGCAGGUCAUGACGAGCUAUAACAAACAUGUAUGACAUGUAUGUAGUUGAGUAGUCGACCUUUUGAUGAUGUACGUUUCUUAAUGAAUUUGUCACUUUUAGUCCAGGUCAAACUUAAGUACUUGUAUCCUCUUUCCUUGCAUGAAUUCCGCUUUUUUGCAGAAAGAGAGGUAUGUGGAAAUAAGAAGGUAUGAGAAUAGUUUGCUGCACAUUUGGCAAGUGUAAUCGGUGCUAUGUUAAGCAUAGCGUACUUGUAGUGUGCCAUUUUGUUCCCCAAUAUUGUACCUCAUUACUUUCUAGGUAGAAGAGGACCACUGGUAUAUCGAAGACAUCCCAGUGUUUUCUAAAGAUCUCUUAAUGCCUUGAAAUCACAUUCCUGUUGUAUUGAAUGAAACUUGAGGUAGUUCUCGGCUCCUGAAUUGAGCUGAUCAAUCGAUUAAACCCAACGUCACCACUGUAACUACGAUUUUGCCGAAGUGAAUGUAACAUUGUGACAUGUUUUCGUCCACUGUUGCACAAAAUGAAUCAAUAAAUGCCCUGUGGCCUCUUGUU